GGUGGUACGUGCAAACGUGAGCUUGGGAUUGAAACAAUGUGGAGAAAUUUGCUUGGGGAAUUGUUCAUGCAUGGCUUAUGCAAGCGCAUAUUAUCAGAGUAAUGGAGGGGUUGGUUGCUUGAUGUGGCAUGGUGAUUUGAUGGAUACUAGGAGCUAUAAUGAUGAUGGACAAGAUUUGUAUGUUAGGGUUGAUGCAAUUGAAUUAGAAUGAAAUUAUGUUGAUUGCUAAACUUCAACAUAGGAAUCUUGUAAGGAUGAUAGGUUGCUGCAUAGAGAAAGAAGAGAAGAUGUUACUCUAUGAGUACUUGCCAAACAAAAGCUUAGACUCAUUUAUUUUUGAUGAAGCAAAAAAAUCAUUGCUAGAUUGGAGAAAGCGGUUUGAAAUUAUUUGUGGGAUUGCUCGAGGAAUCUUGUAUCUUCAUCAAGACUCAAGACUAAGAAUCAUCCAUAGAGAUCUCAAGGCCAGCAAUGUUCUAUUAGAUGCUGCAAUGAACCCCAAAAUCUCAGAUUUUGGCUUGGCUAAAAUGUUUGGAGGCGACCAAAUUGAAGGAAAGACUAGACGUGUAGUCGGAACAUAUGGUUAUAUGUCUCCAGAAUAUGCUAUGAAAGGUCUAUUUUCAAUCAAGUCUGAUGUAUAUAGCUUUGGAGUUCUACUAUUAGAAAUUAUUAGUGGCAUAAAAAAUAGCAGCCAUUGCCCUGACGAUGCUACUUCAAGUUUGAUCGAACAUGUUUGGGAGUUGUGGAAAGAAGACAAGGCACUGGAGAUAGUAGAUUCAUCAUUGGGGGAAAACUCAACCUACCCGGUUGAUGAAGUUUUGAGAUGUAUCCAAAUUGGGCUGCUGUGCGUGCAAGAAUGUGCAGCGGACCGGCCGUCUAUGUCUGCAGUUGUGUUCAUGUUGGGCAACGCGGAGGCGAUUCUUCCUUCCCCGAACCAACCUGCAUUUGUGGUGAAGAAGAAACCAAACGGAGAGGAUAUGUGGAACAGCGAGAAGACUGCGUCUGCAAAUGAUGUAACUAUUACUAUGAUUCAAGGUCGUUAGAGCAAUCUACUACAAAAGGGGGAAGACAAACGUUAUAGAUAUUCCUCGGUAGAAAUUAUCACAUUGUUUACACCUAAAAUAAAAUAAACCAAUAGGGUAAGGUCAUGUGUCAAGUAAAACUCAAUUAUCAAGAAAAUCAAUAAGUUGGAUUUGAGCUGGGCUGGCUUACAAUUUAAUGGCCCAGACGGAUUUUUAAGGAGGUUGGAUCUUAGGUGGCAGAAGAUAAGAUUGAAUCUGGUAAUUUGAGUUUGAUUUAAAAUGGGAAAUUGAGGAUUUUUAGUUAGUUAUCUUUAAGGUUGUUGGAGAUAAAGUUAAAUAAAAAUUAUUGGAUAACUAUCAAACAAUUGCGAGACUUGCAACCCCACUACCAGAUCAUGGAGGAACAGUACCAAAGAUCAUGGAGGAAGUUACCAGCACCGAAGAAAAUAAAUACAGAGAGAAGAAAAUAGUUUCAAGGCCUGCCCAACACACACACAGAAUGCCCAGAGCAUGUUUUUCAGCUUUCAAACUGCAUUUUCCAAAUUUCAGUAAUAGUUUCUAGAUUUUCCAGAUUAGUUCAUAGCCUUAGCCUAGGUUUGUUCAUCUUUGUUCAUAUUUUAUCUCGCAAAUUCCAAUUUAGAUUAAUUUUUAAGCAUUUGGAAGCAACUUAGCCUUCAAAACAGGUCUG